GAUGUAUUAGCGUUUUGGAAAAGUUCUCGUCAAGAUGCAUUCGCCGGUGCCGCUGCUGUUCUGUGUAAUCGUUCUGCUCGCUACCGUAACGGUUGGCCAGCCGCUCAACGAUGAGCAGAUGAAGAAGGCGGAAGGGUUCGCGAUGGGGUGUCUGGAGCAGUUUAAGACACUGAACAAGGAGCAUCUGGCGCUGCUGCGUGAUGGCGAUUUCUCGAAGGUGGACGGUGAAACCAAGUGUUUCCUGCGGUGCUUCCUGCAGCAGGCCAAGUUCAUGGGCGCCGACGGUAAGCUGGAUGCGGAUUACGUGAUCGAGCGGCUCUCGGUGACGCAGGAGAAGGCGAAGGUCGAGGCGCUGGUGAAGAAGUGUGGCGUCGAUCCGCAUCCGACCGAUAGCUGCGAGACCGCUUUCCGGGCCAUCGAGUGUUACCAUCGCGAGAAGGCAUCGUUGCUGUGAUCGGGGAUCGCCAAAGGGCUUCCGUUUACGCGGCUGGAAAGUGAUUUUUUUUUGCGCCACGGAACAACCAACCUAACGUGAGGAAUAUAGAAUG